AUGGUUUACUCCGCAGACUCCGCAAAGUGGAGAGCUUACCAGUUUCUGGACCCAUUCGCUGCUGGCUCUUUCUACGUCUGCAACAAGAUCAACAAAUACUUUUGUCGUCCUGACUGUGAUGCUCAUCCAAUCACCGAAUUGCGUCUGGAGAUCAAGUUUGUACCUACUGUGGCCGAUGCUGUGGAUUAUGGCUAUGUUCCAUGUGAACUGUGUGACCCAAUGCUGGUUCCACACAUUGACGUGGACAUGUUGAUCAGAACUGUCAAGGAUAUCAACCAGUCCAUUGGCUUCGUGCCUCCAUUGAUGGAUGAAGAAGAUGAACUCAUCAACAAGACUAUCAAAGAGAACAUUAUGGAAAACCUGCACCCGCAGCGCAGACAACUGGUGCCAGCCAUAAGCUUCAACGGUAAGUACUCCAACUUUGACCGCCAGCAAUCUACUACGGUUUCUAAGAACGACAACGAGCACUACAAAUUGGUUGAUCUUGCAUGUCGCCACUUGGCAUUGGCAGCUGCACUGUCAAUCUUCAACACACCUUCUGCAACUAAUAGUCCUAAGCUGGAAGACUCUAGCCCAGACGCUUAUUCUAGCAAGAAGUCUAGAAAGAGAAGAGGAGGAGUUCUUGGCUUCAAAGAGCUUGCUGCAAAGUCAAAGUUGUCUGCUUGGCACUUCCACCGUGUGUUCAAGAGUGUCACUGGUCUUACACCUAAGACCUAUGGAGAUAAGUGCUACGAGCACCUUCAACAGCAGAGAGACGAGGCUCAAGAAUUGAAGCCUCCUAGUGUGGUAUCUCAGGUUUCUGUCCCAAGCAGCAUCUCGAGCGUGGACUCUAUCGAGAAUAUGAAGUCUUACUCCAGCCCUGUGCUGUCAACUGGCAGCUCUGUUCUGCCAAGCCGUAAGAGAGUGAGAAUUUCCGAGGAGGAAGAGUAUCCCUCGCCCAAGAGAGUGACCAAGCCACUUGCAACCCCUGCCAUGACUCCAUUCAACGAGUUCUCUGGUUUUGAAGAGGAGAUCAAUGGUUUUGGCAUGGAUUCUCGGGCCACUUCUGCUCCAGACUUGACUGCUUACCUCAAACCACAAUCUCUUUUCUCACAUAACAAACCCAUUGACUUCACGACAGAUAUGCAGUUCUCAAUGGCCGAUAUGCCUUUGCUGAUGACGAUGCCUCAGCAAGAGUUCAUGCCAGUGCAGCCAGUUGACAUUCCGUUUGAGGAGUCUCUCGGUACAUUCGGAGGAGCAGGCUUCUCCGCGGACUUGUUCGCUGAGGAUGAGAUUAUCCCUAUGCACCAUGAGUUGGACAUUACUGAGGGUUUCAAUUUUGGUCUUCUGCCUGAGCUUUUGACGCUGAGUGUUGGAUUGUAA